UAAAUCAAUGUCAAUGAAAAAUUCGUGUUUUUCUUUUCAAAAAUUAAAAGAUUAAAAAAUGGAGCAGCAAGAAGAAGAAAACGGAAAAUGCAACAUUUGCUAUUGCGUGUGCUGCAAGAAAAUAUUCCCACAACGUAUCCUCCUUCAGAUUAUGCUGGUCUUUUGUACAACAAUCAUGUACAGCCACCGUGUGUGCAUCAGUAUGGCCAUCGUCCACAUGACAAAUUGGGUAGAUAAUUCUACAAUUGAAGUGGUAUGUACAAGAAGUAAGGUCAACACUUCUGUAAAAUUCGAAAUAAACGACAUACAAUUCGAUUGGGAUGAAUCAAUCCAAAGUUACAUCCUGUUGAGUUUUUACAUCGGCUAUGUCAUUGGAAACACAUUUAUUGGAUUUCUAAUCGACAAAUUCGGCGGUAGAUGGUGUCUAUUCAUCGGAUCUUUAAUGUCUAGUGUUAUGACAUUAAUCGUACCCUUAUUAGCCUAUAACAUGCAUUGGGCUGUUUUAUGUGUGUCCAGAGCAAUUGCAGGUUUAGGCCAAACACCUUUAACAGCAUGCACAUCAUCACUAAUAUCCCGAUGGUUCUUGGAAGAUAAAAAAUCCGGAGCGGUUACAGUUGUACUAACCACUUAUACGCUAGGAGUGAUAAUUGGUAACGUCGCAAGUGGGUUCAUCAUGGAAUGGACAAAAACUUGGUGCUUUGUGUUUUACUUCUUUGGGACAAUCGGUGUAAUUUGGAAUGUGAUAUUCUUUUUCUAUGGAUAUUCAUAUCCGCAAGUGCAUCCACACAUCACACAAAAAGAACUAAAACUAUUGGAAGUUAUUCCUAAACCAGCAGAGAUGAAAAUACCACUUUGGCGUAUUCUAAGUGACGUAUCCGUGUGGAUGUUCUUCAUAGGUUUCAUGGGCAGUGAUUUCACUUUGUAUUUAAUAAUAACAAACAUGCCGAAAUAUUUCGUAUCCGUCUUGGGUUUAGACACAUCCUUAACCGGUGCGGUUCUAAUGGGACCACCAGUAGCUGGUGUCCUAGGAGGAAUCGUCUUUGGAUUCACAUCGAAUUGGAUCAUCAAGAAAAAAUACAUGAAAAAACUAACUUUCAGGAUGAUUUGUAGUGUCAUCGGACUUCCAAUCUCAUCAGCAUGUUUACUAGUAAUGGUUUAUACCCGAUGUCACGUGGUUAUGGCUUGUGUAUUGGUCUGUUUAUCAAUGUUUUAAAAUCUGGAUUCUACGCUGGUGCCGGCGCAAUGGCAGUGGAUUUAUCCAUCAACUAUGGCGGACUGUUGUAUGGAUAUUGUAAUGUUGCAGGCGGGUUGAGCGGUAUCGCCGCGCCCUACAUCGUUGGUAGUUUAGC